AUGGCCACAGCUAAGACAGACUCAAUCCUGAUUGUGGGCGCUGGCGUCUUCGGUCUUUCAACUGCUCUUGAACUCAACAAGCGCGGAUACACCGAUAUCACCGUUGUCGAUCGAUUUGUCCCACCAUCAGCAGAUGGAAGUAGCGUUGACAUUUCGCGCAUCAUUCGCGCCGACUAUGCAGACCCAGUCUACUCUCAGAUGGCCCGUGAGGCAUACAAUGGAUGGACCACCGAGUACAAAGAUGAAUUCUUCGAAUCCGGAUUCGCCUUGUUCUCGGAAACGCCCAAGAACGAAUACAUGGAGAAAUCCAAAGCCAUCAUUCGGGCCGCAGGUGGGAAAUUAGAUGAUCUGACCGAUGCCAUGGAUAUCCGCAAAAUCUACCCUAGUGUUCAAGCCGACUUUUCCGGCAUGAACGGUUACCACAACCCGAAAGGUGGCUGGGCCAAUGCUGCAGGCAGUAUACAGAAGCUGGCUUCCAAGUGUACUGUUGCGGGUGUUUCAAUCAUUUCCGGGCCUCGUGGUACUGUUAGUUCUCUGCGUCGGGCGGGCUCGCGUGUCGUUGGUGUCAACCUUGUCGGAGGGCAGGUGUUGCUUGCUUCACAAGUGAUCUUGAGCACCGGCGCGUGGACUAACCGUCUUUUGAACAUGGGUCAUGCGGCAUCUUCAUCUGGUCAGCCUGUUGGUUUCAUUCAGUUGACCGAGGAGGAGGCUCUUGAGAUGAGAAAGAUCCCAGUCAUGAUCAACAUGAGCUCCGGCGUGUUCUCCUUCCCGCCUACACCAGACACAAAUGUUCUCAAGCUUGCGCGCCACGGUUAUGGGUAUGCAACUGAUAUUACUGUCAAUGUGGAUGGUGUUCAGAAAUCGCUCUCAUCACCGAAGUUCGAGACCAGCAAUGCGGCCACUGGAUAUCUGCCUGAUGACGCAGACGAAUCUUUGAGGAAGGGUUUGCGUCAGUUCUUCCCCAAGCUGGGUGAUCGCCCUUGGAUGAACCGUCGACUUUGCUGGUACACAGACACCCCAAAUGGUGACUUUAUCAUAGACCAUCAUCCAACCAUCCAGGGACUGUUCAUGGCUACUGGUGGUGCAGGACAUGGAUUCAAGUUCCUCCCCAUUUUGGGCCAAUAUAUCGCGGACUGCUUUGAGAACAAAGCACCCGAAGCUUUGCGCCAAAAGUGGAGGAUGAACCCGCCCCAAGAUGACUCAGAAGGGCCGAUGGCAGGCGAUGGAAGCAGAGCAGGUCCUCCGCUCAGGAGACUGACUCCACUUGAACAAGCCAAGCUGUAA